AUGCCCUCAGACGACUAUUCCACUGUUGCCCGCGGGCCUCUCAAACUCAAGGGCGUCGUGGCCGGGGGUAAAGUCAAGAAACACAAGAAGAAGAAGGACAAGACCGACCUGGAGAAGAACCUAUCGACCGGCGACAACAAGUCACCAGUAACCAGCAAUAACGAUGAUGACGAGAAGCAAUUACAAAAGCGAGACUCGGAGAGUCUAGGCGCAGAUAUAGUAGACAACCAAGAUGAGGAACGAACGAGAAGAGCAACAAGCCAAAGUCAGGAAAGGGAAGAAGACGACGAGACGAAAACUGAGGCGGAGAGGAGGUUCUUGGAGGCCAAGAGGAAGAGGCUAAAAGAAAUGAUGGAAUCCGGCCGUGUUCGCCCCGAGCUGCUCAAGACACACAAGCAGCGCGUGGAGGAGUUGAACGCGCACUUGUCCCGCUUGAGCGAGCAUCAUGAUAUGCCCAAGAUUGGACCUGGUUGA